AUGUUGAUUGGACGGCUGCUCAAGAACAGUUAUACAAUCACCUUAGUCAACUAUAAGUUAUAUAAGAACAAGCUGUUCCUCAGGAUAUACUGCAACAUCACCAUCUUUGAGCAAGGUUUUAACUUGUUGGCUGUAGCUGUUCAUGAAUUUGGCCACGCAUUCGGCCUGCCCCACUCCUCUGACCCUGGAGCCAUCAUGUACCCUGCAUACAACUUUACUCCCACUCAUGAACUCCAGCUCUCGUUCCGUGACGUCAAAGAUGUCCAACACAUGUACGGAGUCAGUCACAAAUUUGCUUCAUUAUUCUCCAAAAAACCUCCUCCAAGAACACCAGGCACAUGUGAUCCAGAUUUAUUGUUUGAUGCAGUGACAGAGCUUCAACAGGAAGUCCUCUUCUUUAAAGACAGAUUUAUGUGGCGUAAGCAUCCGAAAUUUGACGAGACCAGCAUCACCCUCAUCAGCAGUCUGUGGCCGGACAGUGUGCCUUCUUACCUGGAUGCUGUUUAUGAGAACAUUGGCAGGAACUUCAUAGUGUUCUUCAAAGGUCAGCAGUACUGGAUCCUGAGGCAGCUUAAACUUGAGGAGGGAUUUCCAAGAAACAUCUCUGACUUUGGCUUCCCUUCUACAAUAAAAUCCUUAGAUGCAGCUCUUCACUUCAGAAAUGAGCGCUAUACUGUUUUCUUCACUGGACACCAGUGUUGGAGGUACAACGAGCUGGAGAAGACCAUGGAGGGCUCACCGAUGCUGGUAGAGGAUCAGUGGCCCGGUGUGCCAACUCCUGUAGAUGCAGCUGUCUUCUAUGACAGCUCACUCAAAGAAAUUUGUGAACUUCUUCGUGGGAAACAUUCACUACAAAUUUGAUCCAAACUCUAAACGUGUCGUCUCCACUGGACCGCUCAACGACGAGCUGGACUGCAGGGCAA